AUGGCCUCUGCUCAAUCCCUUUGCACAAGUACAUGGAGGGCUGGGCUGGACUGUGUCCCGGCCCUUCAAGAGAAGAGUGUCGUCAGGAAGAGAGUCGCGACAGGCUCUGUGUUCAACGUGCUGUAUGAGCAGUGCCAUCUCUUCUCUGGUGGGAACCUGCCUGGACCCAGGGCAGGAUUUCUGGGAACCCUUGCACUUUCCCUGCUUCAGGAUGAAGCUGACCUCUCUGCAUCUCAGCUUGCCUGGCUUGGAGCUGGGGACCACGCCUACUUUCUCCAGGGCCAGCUGGAGCAUCCAAGGCCCAUUGAGGCAGAGCUGGAAGUAUCAUCUCCAGAGCUCCCUCCAGCUCCAGAGCCAGAGCAAAGGCCAGCUCCAUGGCUAGAUCCAGCUCCAGCUCUUGUUCCACCACCUAUGCUAGAGCUGGAGCCAGUGUCACCUCCAUCAGUCCCUCCAGGGCCAGAGCCGCCACCAACAUCAGCUCCAGCCCCAGUGCCAGCUCCUGAGCUGGAGCCAGCUGGACCAUUGGCUCCAGGGAGAAUCCUCACUCCACCUGGAGAGAUAACAGCAGAGCCAGAUCCAGUCCCAGAGCCCACCUGCUGCUGGGAUGUGACCAGCAAGAACCUGCUGAGGGAGGAGAAGCCAGACAUCUUGGAGUUCCUUCCCAGGCUGGUGGCAGAGCAGUUGACACUGAUUGAUGUGGUGAACAGCGAAGCGCUCACGGCAGGUGGGGUUGGCCUUCCCUGUGCCAUGAGCUUCCCCACACCUGCCAUUUCUUGAUCCAGAAUCCCAUGAUCUCGGUCCAGCUUCCCUGCUUACCCUCAUGUGACCUGAGCAGCUUUCUUAAGUCCCAAGCCUUUGCUGUCCUCAUGUGGAGAGUAGAGCUGUACACUGAGAGCAGCUGCCAUGCAGAGUGGCUGUGCAGAUGGACGAGGUGGAGC